GUAAACUUACAACUAAAUUAAUUUUGUGAUGAUUGCACUAUAGUUUUAAUUCGAACACAUUCUGAAUCUGGAUCAAUAAUAAUCAUAAAUGACCAAGGUGGAUUAAUAAUUCACUAGUGAGUAGUGAACACAUAAUUUAUUAUACAAGGAGUAUUAGCAUUAAAUUAUUGCAUAGGUAAAUUAUUUUUUUUUUACAUUGGUAACACCCCUAAUACAAAAAUUAUUGUAGCUCUAUCCUUAUCAAUUUUGUGUCAACUACCCUGUACCCGAAUUUUACCAGCUCUUAGUUUGACAAUCGGUUAGUCGUUAUCACAUGAUUCGGCUAUCCAAUAACGAUUAGAACGAGAACUUGAAAAUAACUUUAUUGUCGUGACUGUCGAUUUUCGGUUUACAAGCAAUAUUGACGUUAUCGUUAACAACAUUUUUAUUAAUAUUUCGCUGAGUAAACGUGCACACUAUACCCGCUCGCUCGUUUACAGAUUAUAUUUCGUUUUUCACGCACUUUUCGUUACAAACCGCUGCUGUUGUCGCUUCCCGCACGACAGUCUUAUGGUUUUGCAUGCGAAGUGUGACUUUCAACAGAGAAUCACUUGUGUCAGUGGUACGAUCGCCUUUCAGCUUGUCUCGUCUACGAUGAACCGAAGAAAAUUGAAACUGGACAUGACGCAUUCAGCCUCAGAUAGCGGUAAAUUCUAAUAUUUUUCUGAAAAUGUUGACGUUCCUACUUUUUAUUUUUAUUAAAUUCACGAUUUUUAAUAAUUUUUUAAAUUUCAUAUCAUGUAGGUAGGUACAGUCAUUUACCCAUAAUAACAAUAAUAUUAAUUAAUAUAACAAAGUUUGACAUUGACGAUUCUUCGCCUCAAAUAGUACUCUCAAUCAUGGUUCGACAUAGGUACUUACUACUUAGAUAUUAUCUAUUCACCAUUCACUGUUACUAUUCACUACACAUCAUACAUUAGAAUUCUCAGAACCAAUUUAGUUUAGUCCCCCUCAAAAUUAUUUUUUAGAAACCUAUGUAUUAAAAGUUUUAUAAAUGAUGGUGCCAAAAUUUUUUUCGGAAAUCAUUAUUUUUGUAGUUCGGAUAUUAUGUUUAUUAUGUUAAAUAACUAUAUUGCCAAAUAUUUCUGUAUGCCGAUCGUAGUCUACUGGUGAUAUGUACAUGUUGUUAUUCUAGUCAUUCUAAAGAUCCCAAGUUAUGUUCCCCAAUAACAAAUUUUUUUUCCCUACAUUAUAGAUGUUUUAAUUGCUGUAAUAUAUAAAAAAAAUUCAAAAUUUCUUCUGAUUUUUUUAGCAGAAUCACAUGAAAUGCACCUGGAGAUUUGGCUGGGUCACUCACUCAUACAACAAAUGGUUGCAACUACAUAACUAAUGAUUUUAAAAAAAAAAAUUGUUUUGCGUUUUUAUUUUUAAACCGUUAAAAUACAUAGGUUUCCGGGAAAAAAAAUUCAAAAUUUCGGAGGGGUGCUAAACUAAAUUUAUACUGAAUUAUCAUUUUUUCAAUGUUUUCCUUUUGUAAUUUCUGGAAAUGAAUCAUGAAAGCAAUAUACGUUCUAUCCAUUGUGACUUUAUAAUCCUAAAAUCUACUAGAUAUACUUGUACCUAGUUCUUAAAUAUUUGCAUAGGUAUUUAAGUAUUUGUAUUUGAUUUGUUGUCUCCGUCUUACAAAUGCACGACCUAGUAUUGAUUUCAAUAUUAAAUUUACUGUGCCAUCCAUGUGUACUGUCUUCUCAAAUUGAUCAAAUUUUAAUAUUUCUUAUAUUUACUAUUUUAAUUGUAGUUUUAUUUUAUGAAAUAAAUAUGUAGCUAAUAAUAAAAUAGACAUUUUUAUAACCCUUAGACCACCAUAUUACGGUCGUGAAGGUUUUGUUUUUUUUAAAAAACAUUUAUCUACUUUUUUCAGACCAGUUGCACACGGUUAAAGGUUAAAUAAUUUUUUUUUUAAAUAUUUUUUUAGUGUUCUCUUGGUAUAUAUAAGAAAGUUAUAAGGUUACAAGUAAGUUGAAAAAACAAUGAAAAAAUCUUUUUGGUGUGUAAAAGAUAAAGAGUUAUAUAUUAUAAAAUACAUUUUAUGCAAGUAUCUGCCAAUAUUUUACAACAUUCUUAGUUUGUAUUGGGAAAUAAUUAUUAUAUGAACAAAACAAAAUCAGUUAAAUUCUUGAAUAUAUCAGCUGUUUAACAUAUUUGUAUUAAUGUACUUCAAUAACCAUAUUUAAAUCUUUACAAGGUCAGUAUUAAAAUGACUAAAAAAAGUAUUCAAAUUAUAUUUAUUUUAAAAAGCAAGAAUUAUUUGCUUAUGGAUAGUAUGGGGGAUAAUAAAUAUGUAUAUUUACUCUUUAUAUUGUAAAUGUUUACAAUUAUAAAUGUUGCAUCAAAUAUAUUGACUGUAUAUAAUUCAACACAAAAAUAAAAUAUACAUGUAACUACGUAUUAUGUACUUAAGUGUUUACAUUAUUUUGGGGGUCUUAAGAAAUUAAAAUCUAAUUUAUAAAUGUUAAUAGUUAAUACCUAUUAUCCAUGGGCACCCGCAGAAAAUAUAUCAGGGAGAGGCAAAAUAAAUAAAAUCAAAUACCAAAAAAGUACAUAAAAUAAAAUAAUAUUAAUUAAUUAGGUUUUAAAAUUAUAUUUGAAAUUUUGAGUCCAGGGAGGGGCAGGUGACUUGUCUACCCCCUCUUCUUCAGGUGCCCAUGCUAUUAUCCAUUAUGUUUUGAAAAUAAUACAUACAUUUUUUUUAGAUAGGUAUUCAUUAACUUUGAUUAGAAGUAUUUAUUACUGAAAUAAUUUCUAUGAAUUAAUUUUUGUGUACAGAAUCAAAAGAAGUUGAAAACUAUGUCAAUACUGUUAAAGAACAAAUAAUGAAUACAACUCAACAAAAAGAUUCUGAAUAUGGUUAGUAUAAGUGAUUUAAAUAUUUUAAACACUUACCUAGAAUCCAAAUCCUAUGCGACAAUAGAAUACAAUAGUAUACUUGUAUACAGUACAUAUAAAUAUGAAAUAUAUUUUUCAUAUUUAUAUGUAUUUGUUUUUGUAACUUAACCAAGUUUAGAAAUAAAAAAAUAUUUAAGAAAUAAUUCUGUUGUAGACAAAUAUAAAUGUAGGAAAAAUAUUUAAUUUUUAUUUCUAUAGAAUUGUCUGUAUAUUAAAUAUUGACUAGGUAUAAAACCAACAAUAUAUAAUAUAAUCUAAUUAUAAUUUGUAUUUAUUUUUUAGUGUGGCAAGAGUGUCAUGACGAAUCAUCGGGAUAUAUAUACUAUUGGAAUGUACAAACAAAUAUAGUUACUUGGGAAAAACCCGAAUUUUAUGAAGCUAAUAGUGUGGAAAAUCUAGGUAUAUUUCUUAUUUAAUUGAAAAAUAUGUUUUUACAUAUUGCCAAAUAUGGCAACACUAUAUUCAUAUUCUAUGAAAGAAUAAGUUAUAUAAUUUUUGUUCCUGAAAUCAUGUUUCAGAUGUCUCAAAUAAGACCAAAACAUCCAGAAAACGAUUGUCAAGUGAUUCGUUACCUACUCUUAAUUUGAAUUCAUGUAAUGGGUCAAAAAAAUCAAAAUUAGAAUCUAAAGCUAUUAGUGCAUUAGUUGCUUAUGGAAGUGAUUCUAGUGAGGAUGAAAGUGAAGAUAAUGAUGAUAAAAAAUCUACCAUUCUUCAACGAUUACAACAAAAAGCUGAAUUGUUCAAACAAAAAGAACUUGAUAAAAUAACUAGUAUUCAAUCAUCUUGUUUACAUGAAACUAAUGGCCAACCAGAUAUUUUAGAUAUUAUUGGUAAAGAAGUACCUCCAGACUAUGUGAUAGAAAAACCCAUAGAAAAAAAACCCUCUGGUGAUAUUUUUGAUAUUUUAAAAAGUGAAGUACCGCCUGAUUAUAUAGAUGAUACAACAAAUAACAAUACAGAAAAAAUACAUAAAUUAGCUGUACCAUCAGAUUCAAAUGUUGAAAUGGAUUUUAAAAUUAUAUCUCAUUUAAAUAAUGAUGAAAUAACGAAUAAUUCAUCUAUAAAUUCUUCAAAAGAAAGUUCUUUGAAAUCAUUUAAUUUAAUUGCUAAUUAUGGUGAAGAUGAUCUGGAAGAUUCUGGUAAUAAAAUUUAUAUUCUAUUCAUUUAAAUUUUAAAGCUUAUACUAUAGCACUAUUUUUAAAAUAACUGUACUUAUCCUUAUUUUCCUACCCUAUGUAAAUAUUACAAUAAUACUUGAUUUUAAAAUUGUUUACUCUAUUUCUUAAUAAUGCAUUUAUUAGAUACUGGAUUAAUAGCUUAUUAAUUAUAAUUAUUUAAAGUUUAAAAAAUAAGAAUUGGAUAUUUAAUAACAUAAAAAAAAAUAUACAUCCAUGUCUAUAAAUGAACUAAUUUAAUAUACUCUUGUCCAUUUUUACUAUUAUUGAAAAUGAAACAUUUUUUUAAUAAAUCAACUAUUUGAUACAAAAUAUGUAUGCAUUAAUAUCAAGAUAUCAAGGCAAAUAUUUACUAUUUAAAUUUGAAAUAAAAUUAUAACUUAUUUUGUUAUUUAAAAAUAAAUGCUUGUAGAACCCUAAAAUUAUAAUAUUAAAUAAUAAUAACAUUUACUUAAAAUCUUUAUAAUAGAAUUAAAUAUAUUGGAAUUAUUUUUUUUAUAACCUACAGAUGAAAAAGCUUCUGAUUUAAAUGAAACACCAUUUUCAUAUGUACAAGAUCCAUGCGCUAAUACAAAAACUGGAUUUGGUUAUUCUGUGUCAACUAAACAUAGAAAUGGAAGUUCUAUAAAUUUUGUUAAAGGUGAAACAAUAAAUGUACAAAAUAAUCAGAAUCUCGAUACAAAUAAUGUUAUAACUAAACAAAAGGAUACUAUCAAAAACUGUGAUACAAAUAAAGGUAAUAUAAAAUGUAAACAAUUAUUUUAAAUUCUUGGUAAACUUGGUUUUUAUUUUAUUUAUUUUUUUAGCUAAAAGUUGUAUUGACGAUUUAUCCCUGUUGAUCUCAUCAAAACUUCAUUUUUUGUCAGAUUGUGAAAAUAAUGAUAAAUUGUCUUCGGUUCAAGUUAUGACAAUUAAAAUUGAUGUAAGUAUCUGUUUAUACUGUAAUUUUAAAUUAAUAUUAAAAUCAGUUCAUUAUUAUUGCUGGAAUAAUUUUUAUCAGUUGUAUAAACAGAUAAUAAUGUUUUAUAUAAUCAUUCACUGAUUUGUUUUCCUUUUUAUGAAAAUUUAAAUAUUUACUGAAUACAUGGUAUUAUGGUAAAACAUGGUAUAUUAGUAAUAUACAUUUAUUGGUGACAUUGUAUGUUCAGUGAACAUUGUUCACAUUACUUUUAAUAAAUGUCAAAUAUACUUUUGUGUACACAUACCUAUUUUAUAAUAAUAUUGUGUAACCUAUAAGGUAUAAACUAUAAGUGGUAUAAUAUACUGGAUGAUUCAUUUAUUGUUGAACCCUCAUUAUUUAAAAAGUAUUGACUUUUUUAAAUUUUUUUUUUUUUUUUUUUUUUGACAAUUUAUUAAAAAAUCAGCUCUUAAAUGUUACUACAUUUCCAUUAUUUUUGCCACCUUUAUUUGUUGGGGAAAAUAAUUACCUAUUUUCGAUUUUAAAAUCACAUUUAUGUUAAAAUUCCAUAAUUAGAUGGAGUAUUAGUUUAAAUAAAUUUUAGUGUUAACAUUUUUAAUUUCCGCCAAUCCUUUAGAGAAAUAUUCUACUUUUAAAUUUGCGUAGGAAAGAGUAGAGACUACCUAAACUUUUCACAUGUUUAAACAAAUCCAAAAUUUAGAAAAGUCAAUACUUUUAAAAAAAAAGUUUUCAUCAAUAGAAGAAUCACCUUAUAUAUAUAUAUAUAUAUAUACCUCUUAAAUAUCUUCAGAGAUAAAGAUAAUCAAAUUUUGUUUUUAUAUUACUCACAGAGAUAAGGACUAUAAAUAUUUAUAUUUGAACUAAAUUAUUAUUAAUGAGUAAUUUAUAUAUCAAUAAACGUCCUAGGAUAAUGGGGUCGGGUGCAGCCACUGUUAUAAAUAAUUUAAUGUAAGCAACAAUAAACCAUUGCUAACAAAAAACAAUUCUGAGUGCAGUUCAGUUGAUAGUGAUGCUUUGUCAACAAUUUAUGUCAUAAUAUGGUAAAAAAAUUAAAUAGGUAUUAUCUUUUUUCUUUAAUUAUAUUUGUUUCAUAUUGUACCGAUUUUCCCAUUUUUCCUGGUUUCAUAUUUGCUGGGAAAACUCUUGGGAAAAUUAAAAAAUUACCUCUUUAAAGUACCUCCCCAAUCAGAUUUCCUUUUAGAAAAAGUGAUUUCAUUGUAAAUCAGAACAAAUUUGCUGGUAGAAAAGUUGUCUACAGAAAAAAAAUUGUAAUAUAUUAUUAGCGUAUUUUGUCUAUUUUCCCGUUUUUCAUAAUUUAUCUUAUUGGGAAAACUGGAAAAAUCAAAAAAUGACCUCCUUAAGUUACUAUGAAGAUAGAAUUUCCUUUUAAGAAAUAAUCUACACUUGGUACAACGAAGCAAGAUUUUUGGUAGAAAAGUGCACAACAAAUCGAGGGGUAUUUUGUAAUUAAAAUAAUCCGAGUGAGUGAUGGCUUCAGUCUCUUGGUACACCCAUAGUACAUUUGUUUUUUCCUUGUUUGGGUAAAAUGGGAAAAAAUGUAAAAAAUUUGUUUUCGAAACACAAAUUCAAACUUGCAAACCCUAUGAUGAAAAUAGGUAUGUAUAAUCAUUCAAAUACGACAAACAUUCUUUGAAGGAAGCAAUAUUUAGUUAUUUAACAUGACAUAUGAUAUCCACAUAAUAUCAGAAUUUUAAAAAGCUAUAUUUUUGAAACUUAAUCCGCUCAAUUAUGACUUCACCAUCGUUCUGAAAAAAAAAAAAUUGAAAAAUUAAAUUUGUCCCACGUAAUUUUUUACUCGAUGAUUUUCAUAAAAAUUUGAUAUUAAAAUUUUCUUAUUAAAAAAAAUACCAUUCAAAUUAUCUUAUUUUAACCAUAAAGUAAAUCUCUUAAUGUACCUCCUGUUAAAUUUUCAAGGAUUUCUAUUAAGUAUAACAAUUUUACCACAAAGUACUUAUCGAAUAUAAAUUAUGUACAAAACUCAUAGAAUUAAAUAGUCUAUAAAUAGCUCAAAAAUGGCUUAAAUUUUUUUGAAAAUUCUAUUACGUCUAGGAAAGGCAAAUAAAACUUUUCUAUCCAAAUUUCAAGCCUACAAAUAUUUUUAACUAAAUUACUACAAAUAACAAAAUUGAAAAAUAAUAAAAGCAUUAAUAGUUUCAUAAAUUUCCAUUUUUCUUACAUUUUAUUCUGGUUUUUCCCAAAUAUUAUGAAAACCGGUUGGAAAAUAAAAAAAAAUAACCUCCCGAAAGUAUCAUCUGGACAACUUUCCAUUUCAUAAAUGGUGCCACUGUUAAUUCUAUAUUUAUGUACACAAAAUAUAUUUUAUUGUAAUACAAUUUAAAUAAUACAAUAUUUUAAAAUUAUUCAUGAAAUUAAUAAAAAAAUUGUUUUUAGACUUUAAUGGAAGCAUGGAAAGAUAAUUGUUUGAAUGAUGAAUAUUUCUCAAAGUGGUUGGAUGAAAUGGCUAUCGAGUUAUGCACAUUGGAAAAGUCAGUUGCACCAGAAGGCUGGAUGUGCCAAUGGGACAAGUAUGUGACAUGCAAUUUGUUAAAAUUAUGGACUAACAAAUUUUUUGAUUACCACAUAAUCAAAAAUCAUAUUGUAUUUUAUUUAAUAAUUCAUUUAGGAGGGGGUGCAUUCUUUUUGAGGGUUAUUAAACAAAUAUUAAAAGUGUACAGUGUACUGUACUAUUGAUAUUUGAUAGUAGCAUUAUUUGGUAUAAAGGCUAAAGCAGUAUGUUAACCUAUUCAUCUGAAAACAAGUAGGUAUGGUGAAUCAAUGCAUCUAGACACGUGAUCGACUUCAACGCUGAUCAAACAAAGGAAAACACAUCAGAUUGACCUGCAUUGUUCAAAAUAAUUAAUCAUUACUGUAAUAAUAUUAUAUUUUUACUACUUUAUAUUUAAUAGUAUUCAAUUGUAUGGUUUGCAUUUGAGCUGUGUUAAGUGCAGGUGGAAUAAUAUGGCGGAAUUAAUAUCUCCAAGACAGGUUUGUCUCCAACAGGCUCUACGACAACAUUUUUUCAUAGUUAAAAUGGUUUUUGAGUCGAACAUAAGUAUUAUUAUUAAAUAAAGUUAUUAUAUUCUAAAUCAUUAUUUAAAAAAAAAAAAACUUUUAUUAUAUAUAUUUAUAUGUUUAGUUAAUAUUUAAGCAUAAUUUUUUUUUUAAUUUUAUUUUAAAUGUGUCUUCAUUCAUGUGUAUCAUUUGUUUCCUAAUGUCUUUCUAUGGAUAUUAUUUUAGAAUAAACACGAGGUAUUACUAUCAGAACAUUGUUGAUGGCCACACACAAUGGCAAUACCCAACUGAAGAUCCUCACUGUACCCCUCCAUCACCUGUGAUAGCUAAAAAAAGUACUCCUCCUCCUCCAAAUAUUUCUGAACAAAAUACUAGUCACCCUGAACCAGAGGACAUGGAUAUCGAAGAAGAUAACCACAAAGAAGACACAGAAAUUAUUGUUGUGCGUAUAUAAUUAUAAUUAAUGAUUAUAUAAUCACUAAAGACAUUUGUAAUUUUCAAUUUUUAGCCACCUGUUCCUGGAGAUGAGCUGUCAUAUGAAUUAAAUUCAUUUUAUGCAGACCUAGCACAGUUUGAAACAAAGCAGUCUGGUCAAAUUGAAACAAUGAUUGCAGUUCCAACAUCUGAAGUUGAAAUCACACCAAAUUCAAGAAACACUAUCGAUACAACCAAAAAUACCUUAGAAGAAGAAAAAGAAACUGUAAAACCAAAGAAAAAGAAAAAGGUAAUUAUUAUAUUUAUUCAAAUUGUAAACGUAAUAAAUAAUUUUCAGUAGAUUCGGUAGAAUAUUGUUAAUUAUUAGUUAUGUCAUUAAUGCAACAGUGAGUACAAUGGGUAUUUAUUAUUUGUUUUUUGUUCACCAACUCCCAAAUAAUUAAUUAUUAUAUUAUUAAAUAUAUUUACAAUUAUAAUACUAUGUAUCACAAACAUUUCUAUCAAAAUGCAUUGUUAUGCAAAUUUUUGCAACUAAACCUCAGGUCAUUAUUUUCUAAAUAAAGAAAAGUUAAUAAUUUUGUUUUAAUGAAGUGUAAAAUAUUGCUGUCAAAUAAACACCACAGAAUUAAAAUUUUUUAUUUGUAUUAUGUUUUAUUUACAGGUAUCAAAAUUAGAUGUAGGCCUUGGAUUAAAACAAAAAUAUGUGUCUUCACUUGUACAGAAAUGGCAACAAAUUCAAAAUGAAAUCAAAUGACAGCUGUUUUUACAUUUUAUUUUAUUUUAAAUAUUUUGACUUAUUCAAAUGUUAACUAUUUGCUUGUAUAUAUUGUAAUUAAUGAUUAUACCCAAAUAUUUAUUUUUAAUAUACUAUUUGAACAUUAUAAUUAAUUAUUAUUACAAAAUUUACUAUGUUGGAGAAUAUUGUUUGUUGAUUGAAAUAUUGGACUUCUUGGCACC